UUACACAAUCAUUAUGAGCGAUGAGACGAACGCCAACACGUAUUGAACCUAUCAAAUGUUAUCAGGGGUCACGCAUGUCGACAAUGAACGUAGCUUAAUAACAAAUCGUACAAGUUCCAAAGUGAAAUUCGAACCGAACACAGUAACGCACGUAGUAAAGACGAAAACUGUUUUAACAAUGUUCAAAUAUUUAUUCUUUCUAGCGUUCGUCACUAGUGCGUUUUGUACCGAUGUAGAUUAUUUUGACGAUGUUGUUAAUAUGCUUAUGAACUACGAUGAUCGACUCGUUGCGUCCGCUGAAGAAGAUGAAGGUGAACAGCCAGUUUUGUCUGAAGGUAUAUGGAAGUGCGGUGAUUGUGAACAAAUUCAAGAAUCAAAUUUGAUCUACAACGAGGUUAAUGAAGUAAUUAGUGACUUGAAUUCCGAUGAAUCAGUUCAGGUUCAGGUAAGCUAUUCCCUACAAGACAUGCGCUGCAUCACGGUGAGCGCUGACGAAGCAAAGUCCAUCCGCAGAGUUUCAGGAUCUUGCAGUGGAGACUCCGUCACUCUCAGUGUUACACCAACGAGAUCCUAUCAGUUUACUGUGAAAUUAUAUAGUUAAAUUAAACGAUAAGCAAUUUC